AUGAGAGGCGAUAUGCUCAGCGUUCGCGCGCUCUCGGCCAUCGCGAUAUUGGCGCUGCUCUCCCCACCCGUGGUGAGGCCCGUGGCGGCGGGCGGCGUCAUCGCGCCCACCCGCGGUGUAACCGAUCGGGUGUUGGAAGACGUCGGCCAUGAUGGCGUCGGCCAGGCGUCGACGCCCACCGCUUCGCAGGGCAACGCGGCGUCGUGGGUCCGAAAGGCGCUUCGUCCCAAGCUCGUGGACAUCAACCUGGACGACGCCAAGGCCGACGGCGGCGCCCUCGGGUCCUCGUCGCGGCCCGCGAGCGGCAUCAAAGAUCUCCCGGCCGACGCCGUCGCCGUGGACGUGAGGUUCGACUACGUCGUCCCGGACACCAACAUCGAGGGCACCACCGGGCGGCCGGACACCCUCAUCGCGUGCAAGUCGUUCCUGGUCCACCCCGAGAGCGUCGACCCGUACGGCGGGGAGCUCGACCAUUUCAAGGAUCUGGGCGCCGAUCCCGACCUGGACCGGAGGGGCGGCGAGGACGUCGCCGCGCGAAACGUCAACAUCGUCGCCAUCGAACCCAUGCCCGGCAUGCACCACGUGCACCACAUGCACCUGCACGUGUGCAGCGACGACUCCAAGUCCUGGGCGAGGCACAGGCGCACGUUCGAGGACGCGCUGGACCCUGGGUUCGACGAGUUGGGGACGACUCCGGCGCGGGGCGACAAGCCGCUGUACUGCGCGCCCCCGAGCUGGGACCGGGGAAGCGGGUGCCACGGCACCGCGUGGACGUUCCUCCCCGGGCAGAACGGCGUCUUGUUCCCCGAGGGCGUCGGCAUGAGAAUCGGCGACGGCCCGUUGGACCUGCGACGACUGAUCCUGGAGGUGCACUACGACAAGGCGAACGAGUACCCGAGGGUGAGGGACCGCAGCGGCAUCCGGCUGUGGACGGUGCCCAGGGACGACGCCGUCGUGCACCGCGCCGGGGUCUUCUCCGUGGCGGACCCGUUCGCGCGUUUGCCCCAGAGUUUGCCCCCGGGCGAGAAGAAGGUGACGUACGACACGUUCUGCCCGCCGGGGUGCACGAAACGCUUCGAGACGAACAUGAACGUCUUCGCGUCGAUGACCCACGCGCACCUCAGGGCGAGGCGCGUGGUGACCUCCGUGGGUACCCCGGACGCACGUACCGGGGAGGUGCCGGACGACGCGUGGCGAUCCGUGGUGAACGACGACGGCAGCGGGACGGCGACGGGGCACUUCUCCCACGAGGACCAAAAGUUUGUCCCCGUGGAUUUCACGGUCAAAGCGGGGGACUCGCUGAAGACGUCGUGCAUCUACGACACCAGCGCCGAUAACGCGCCCAUCCCGUUCGGGCCCUCGACGCAGGACGAGAUGUGCAUGCAGGUGUUCCUGUACUGGCCGAAGCAGUACACGUUCCUCUGCGGGUACUACGGCGAUCAGGCGUACUGGUGCGGGGACGCGGGUAUGUUCGUGCCCAAGGAUGGGAGCGACAGGCAGUACCACUCGGAGGCGUGCCACGUGGAGGCUGGUCAGUCGUGCGACGACCGAAACAAGGAGCUGGGGUUCCCGCUGAAGGACGCGCCAGACAAGGGCGAACCGAUCACGUUUCUCACGCGAUGAAAGGAUUUAGAUCCGGACGAUUAGCGCGGCCUUUGCCGCUUGCACACUACCCGGUACACGUACUGGAAAAUUUGUACGGAAGGUUAAAGUUCGCCUU